CUCAAAAAGCACCUCCCACUCUCGGAUCCAACAAAACCCAACUUGCACGAUGCCAACCACCAUAACACCCUACGAAGAAGGAUUCUGGGCCCGAACCAAACGAAAGAAUGCCGAAAACCCCUUUAUAGCCCCGGCGGUGGUACUAACAUGUUACGGCCUCUACCGCAUGUCCGUAACAUUAUUCCGACAUGACCGGAUUGGAUUCCAGAAUUCGCAGAGAUUGCGUGUGGGUGCUCAGAUGGCGGCUUUUGCGGCUUUUGUGGGGGGGAUUUGGUAUCAGGAUUUAAAGAAAAAGGGGGAGAUGGGAGUUGGGAAGCCGGUUGAGAAGGUUGAGAAACCGGUUGAGAAGAAAGAGUGAGGAAUAGUGUGGGUGGGAGGUGCAAGGAUACCACGGAGCAGCAACACUGGAAAUCGAUCCAUGUAUAUAUUUGAAUACACGAAUCAAAUGAGGAUAUCUUGUUGGAAUUUGUAGAGCUGAGUGUAUGUUCAUAUGGCGGUUUCGGCGUUUCGUAGGGGGAUUUUGGUAUGGGAAUUUAAAGGGGGAGAUGCGAGUUGAGAUUGAGAAACAGGGUGAGAAGGAUGAGCGAUGUGUGUUGUGCGUGGGAGGUGCAAGGAUAUCACGGCAAAUGGACCAACAAAACCGGAUAUUGACUAUUGUGCGACUUUUUUUGAAUAUACGAAUCAAUUGAGGAUAUCUUAUCGGAAUUCGUGAGUGUGUGUUCAUAUGGCGGUCUCUUUUGUAGGAGGGUUUUGGUAUCAGGAUCUGGAGAAGGGGGAGAUGCGAGUUGAGAAACAGGUUGAGAAGGAUGAGUGAUGUGUGUUGUGGGUGGGAGGUGCAGAUUAUCACGGCAAAUGGACCAACACCCGUAAAGUUACCGUUGUGUAUUCAUUGUUGAAUAUACGAAUCAAACAAGGA